UGUUCUACAUUUCGGUGUUCUGAAUACGUCUAAUGUAACCAAAGUUUAGUGGAAUAACCUAAUAAAAUAUUUUUUCAUACAUGGCAACAAAUUCCUUAAUAUUGUAUAUGUAGAAUUUAAUUUGGUGUAAUUUCUCACAGAUUGUUAAAUGGCACAGACACGCUGGAAAGAAAAGAAGAAGAACGUAGUCUAACGUUGAAUUACAAUAUGUAACGUAAAUGUUAUUGUUAUUGUAACAUUAGUAGAAUUAUAACAUUAGUAGAAUUUCACUAAUUAUUUAAGGAAGUGAAGAAUUUUUUUAAUUUAUAAGUGAUUUUUUUACUCAUCUAAACAAUGGGUAAGCACGAAGUAGGAACACCAAAAUACAUUGCCAAUAAGAUCAAAGCGAAAGGUCUGCAGAAGUUAAGAUGGUAUUGUCAGAUGUGUCAGAAACAGUGUAGGGAUGAAAAUGGAUUCAAGUGUCACACAAUGUCUGAAUCCCAUCAUAGACAAUUGUUGUUAUUUGCGGAUAAUGCACAUCGAUACAUGGAUCAGUUUUCUAGAGAGUUUUCGUCAGGCUAUUUAAAUUUAUUAAAGAGGCAAUUCGGAACCAGAAGAGUGCCAGCCAACCGUGUAUACCAGGAAUAUAUCUCUGACAGAGGACACAUACACAUGAAUGCUACAAUUUGGGUUACUUUGACUGCGUUUGUGAAAUAUCUUGGGCGUACGGGACAAUGCGUUGUUGAUGAAACUGAGAAAGGUUGGUAUGUAACGUACAUUGACAGAGAUCCAGAAACUUUAGCAGCUCAAGAGAAGAAAGCCAAGAAACAAAAGAUGGACAAAGAUGAUGCAGAAAGGAUGAUGGAGUUUAUAGAAAAACAAGUUGAGAUGGGUCAACAGGAAUCUAAUGGACAGACUGAAACCUUCAAAGAGCCAUUAACACGUUCUGAAACAGAUGCACCUUUAGUUAUUGAAAUGAAGUUGAACAAGAAGCCAAAGUUACUUCUCAAUCCUAUUAAACAUGAGAAAAAUGUACACACAGAUAAAGGUUCAACUAGUGGAGAAUCAUCCUCUAAUGUCUCUGACAUAAAGCAGGAAGUAUUGAGUGAUGAAGAGACAAAGAAAGAAACAAGAUCAUUGAAUAAAGUAGAGAAAUUUAAAUCCAAGAUGGACGAAGAUGAGAAAAAUGAAGAAGGUUGGUUAAGAGAAGGCUUAACUGUCAAAAUAAUUACAAAGAAUUUAGGGGAAAGGUAUUACAAGGCCAAAGGAGUAGUUCAAUCUGUAGAAAACAGAAAUUUUCUUGCAAAAGUGAAAUUAAAGUCUCCAGAGGAAGUUGAAAAUCAUAUUAUCAAAAUAGAUCAAGAACACUUGGAGACAGUGAUACCUGCCAUUGGAAAAGAUGUUGUAAUUCUUUGGGGAAAACAUAAAGGGAAGAAAGGAAUAGUAUAUAAACUUCAUAUAGAAAAUUAUAGUAUUGAUGUCGAGUUAAAGAGAGAUGGUACUAUUGUAAGAAAAUUACCAUAUGAACAAGUCUGUAAAUAUGUGACGUGACAGUGUUUGAUAUAAUUAACAAAGUGUACAAUUACAUUUGUAUUUUUUUCAAUAUGAUAUAUUAAUUAUAUCCAUGCCUUAAUUAAUAUCUUAUACAACAGAAAACUCUUCAACAGAAUUAAUUUUAUACUUUUGUGCUAUCUCGUCAAUUGUUAUAUUAUUGCAGUGUACAUAUACACAUAAUAUGAAACCACUCUAGUGUAUAGUAAUUUAUAUUUCUUUUAUAAGUAUUAAAAUAUUUUAAUUAAGCUAUAAGGAUUAUAUAUAUAUAUCACUUUUAAUUAAUGUUUAAUUAAUCAUGGACAGAUAGUGGGGAACGAUGUGGAAAAAUAUGAUAAAUAUAAAAAGUUAGAGCAGAA